UGUGACGUCAGAUAUUUUGGUCGGUAGAGUGGCAGCAGCCGGAGGAGGAGGUGUGACGGAUGGAGAGAAGGUGAAGAAGGAUGCCUUGGACAAUGUCUCCGGGUUACUGUCCCACUGACCGGCCCGCAUCAUGAUCACCGCCGCCGCGGGUUUGGCCCACAGGAGGCCAGCGGCUGUUCGGCGGAGCCGCUGCUGGACCGCGUGGUGCCAGGCGGCUCUGCUCGGCGCGUCGGCUCUGGUGAUCGUGGCGGAGAGGACCGCGCUGUUCUACUGCUUUGGCUUCUACCUGUGGAAUGAGGAGACCCAGUGGGCGGGGCUUACCCUGGGCCUCUUCCUGCCCGGGUUGGCGGUCCAGGCCCUGAGCGCCAAGUGGUACCAUGAUGACGGUGACGACCGGCGGUGCUACCUCUCCGUCAUACAUCUGUUGCACCUGGGCAUCUUCAAGCGCCUGUGGGAGUGCAUCCGCACGGUGCUCUACCUGAAGGGCUCGGUGGGCCAGCUGGGGGCCGCCGUCAUGCAGCAGGCGGACGUCGCCGCGCUCUGGCUGCUGGAGGCCCUGGUGCUCACCCUGCCCCAGAGCCUGCUGCAGGCCUACGUGGUGGUGUCCACUGACGUGGGCAUCAUGUCCCCAGUGGCCUACUGCUGCGGCUUCUGCCUGCUGUCGCUGUCCUGGGCCCUGGUGCUGUACAGCCGGGCUUGCUGCCUGAUUCGGCCGGGCCACCUGGACAUGCCCCCCGCCGCCCUGCUGUGCCAGCUGGUCUGGCGGGCGGGCAUGCUGACAGCCCGGGUCACCAGCCUCAUGGUCUUCGCCCGGGUCUUCAACUGGUGGGUGGUGGGAGUGGCAGGCUUCCACUGGCUCACAGCCUCCUUCUGGCUGGUCUCCCAGCAACCAGACAUCUGCACGGGCCCCUGGUGCUGGAGGGCCUUCAACGCCGUCAUGGGACUGGUACACAUCUUCCUCUUCCUCAACGUCAAGGACGGACCCUCGCGCUACCACGUUGUUGGCUUCUACGCGUUCAUGUUGGUGGAGAACGCCAUGCUCCUGCUGGCUGCCUCUGACGUCCUGAGCGAGGCGUCAUGGGAGAGCAUCACCCUCCCCUUGGCCGUGCUCUGUAGCUUCCUCCUGGGCGCUGCCUCCAUGGUCCUGUACUACCGGCUGCUGCACCCCAAGUCCACGGAGAUCUCCCAGGGCCUGCGCCAUAGCAGCCACAUGGGCAGUGCCUGCCUGGAGCCCGGGGAGUCUUUCUUCUCGCUGGGGGACAAGAGUGCGCCUUUGCCCUCCAUCCCCAACCACGGCAGCUUCUUCCUGCCCCGGGCCGCUGGGUCCCUGGCCGAGCACCCGGGCCCCUGCGGGGCCAGGCCCAGCAGUGCAUGUCCCUGCUACCAUCACCACUGGCUCCUGAUCCGGCUGGCCCUGAAGACGGGGGACCUGGCCAAGAUCAACCGGGCCUACGGGUCGGGGGGCACGGCCACCAUCAUGGACAUGGAGGAGUACAACCAGGGCUUCAAGAGCAACGAGGGGACCAUCACGACGGGGGGCGUCAGCGUGGACCAGGUGUCCGCCUCGGACUCGCUGGGCCAGGGGCUGGCGCCGCUGUCGGACUGCAAGGAGGAGUUCCAGAGCGUGAGCGAGCCCACGUCGGUCAGCUCAGGGGAGGAGGAGGAGGAAGAGGAGGAGGAGGAAGAGGAGGAGGAGGAGGAGGAGGAGGAGGAGGAGGAGGAGGAGGAAGAAGAAGAAGAGGAGGAGACGGAGGACAGCAUGAAGACUGAAAGCCCGCUGGACUCUGAGCUGUCGCGCGUUAAGCGCAGCUCGCCCGAGGGGAAAUCCGUGUUUGGGGACAGCCCCGAGCACUACUACUGCCCGACCGAGUCCAGCUCCACCCUGUACUUCAGCGCAGACCCCCAGUCCCCCAGUCGCACCAGUGACCCCCGUCUGGACAGGGAGCAGACCUCCACGCGCCUGGCCUCCAUCCCCAGUGACCCGGCCCUGAACAGGGGGGCCCAGGGGCCGGCACGGCGGGCGGGUCCGUGCUACACCUCCAGCCCUAAGUUAGACUCAGGGUCCCAGGACACUCCGGCCAUUGUACCCCACCUCACAGGUCCCAGGAGGCAGCUCAUCAUGUCCCGGAGGGAUGAGGGGGAGACCUUCUGACCCGUGUCUUCAGAGAGGAAGAGGGUGUGGGGCGGGACGUCUCCACCAGUCAAACCGAUAUACCAGCUUUUUGUUAUCAUAUACAAGCUUAUCGUGACACAAGGUUUUUAAACUUAGAAGUACUUUUGGAUAAUUAGCAGCAGCAUUAUUCUCUGAAUAUCCGGUGUGCUGCAUAUGCUAUCCAUACAUAUACUAUAAGAUAGGCAUUAAGUAUAUUUGCUGGGGCUUGCUCACACUUUUCAAUAAACAGCCACUGUAUAAUAAAGUAGGCACUUAAUAAUCAGAAUAUAAAUGGUGGACUGGAUUUAUGCUGAUGCAGCUUCUUGUCAGACAACAGUAACAAGCUCUGGGUUUAACCAAAAUAACCUACAUAUCUGGUAUUUUUCACUAGUUUUUUGGGCAAUAUUAUCAGGUAGCCUUGCUAUCUCUAGUUUGUGAAACAUAUUCAUUGUUUCUAUAAAUUGGUGUGCAUUAGUUAAGCAACCACGAGUUAUGAAUAUCGAAACAUGCAAUAUUAAGCUGUGUACGAUUGCAGGGAAAGUAGCUUGUAACCUUAAGUUGGUAAAACCUGGGAUAAUGUGCAUUUUGAGUUCAAUUCUGCAACUCUUUCAGAGUGGGCUUCCCUAUUUCAGGGUGGGCUUAACAUAAGCACAAGUUUAUUCUGUACCACAUAUUGUACCAAUAUACUGGUGGGAUGAGUAGCAUUCCCAUUGAAACAGUUAUGCAUUCCAAGAGGAGUGCACUGAUUUAAGGGUUUUCUUAAACUACUGGGCAACAUUAUGAUUUGAAAUUCAUCAAAACAUGUUGACAGUGUAUUGUAAUGUGUUGAAUCGUGGUUUGAACUGGCACUAUGUGUAAAAUGAAGUCUCAUCUCUAUGUGUCUGGUAUUCUAUUGAUAAAAGUGUUUUAAAUGUUAUUCAAGGCUUUAUAGGUACCUGUGUAUUUCCCUUCAUGCUUUUUUUUAUUUGGGGUGUAUUUUUGUAUUUAUCAGUGUGGUAAAAUCAACCAAUGAACUCAAACAUGAAACAGAAACAAAUCAAGUUUCGUAUUUCAAUCUCUCAGGUUAUUGCCUACUUAAAAUUGUGACCCGUGCAGAGUAGCCGCUGGUGGCUUUUAAUAAGCAAUAAAUAUCUAUGUGGAAUGGU